AAACCAACUGCGCCGAGGAGACCGAACAACAAGAUGGCGGCGUCGGCGAGCGUCUCCAGCAACAGGAGGAGGUGCGCGAUGCGAAGAGCAUGCUCAAGCAGGCGCUCAUGGAGGAGGGCCAGCAGCAGGCGGGAGGAGGCGUGUCGAGCACGACAGAGAAGGUGCGCGUCUGCCCCUGCUGCACCUACAGCUGCGGCAACGAGAUGCGCAUGCAGGCACACGUGCUCGCGCAGCACACGCAGACGACCCCGCAGGUUCCAUGUCCGCUGUGCCAGGAGAAGUUUGGCGACCGCGCGCAACUCGAAUCGCAUCUCAUCUCGACCCACAACGUCAGCGCUGAGGGAAUCAAACGCCUGCUCCCCCUGGUGGAGCACCCGCCCGAUUGGCCCCCGGCGACGACGACGACAGCGAGCGGUGGCGCCCCCUCGAGCCACGUGACGACGUCCGCCGGCGCCCCCGCGCAGAAGGUGGCGCCACCGCGCGACGACGACGAUGAGGUCGCCGCGGAAACCGGCGAACACCAAUGCCACGUCUGCGCAAAGACGUUCGUGGGCCUCGACAACCUUGUCCACCACCAGAUGGAGCUGAGUCACCUCAAGGUGCACCAGACGCCGCGCGGGCCCGGGUACCUCUGCUGGAAGAAGGGCUGCAAUCAGUACGUCGGCUCUCCGCAGGCUCUCCAGGUGCACUACCGAGAGAUCCACGCUAAGCGCGCGCAGCUGGCGGUGUCCGAGCGGCACGUGUACAAGUACCGCUGCAGUCAGUGCUCGCUGGCGUUCAAGACGAUCGACAAACUGCAGCUGCACACGCAGUACCACAUGAUCCGCGCCGCGACAAAGUGCAGCAUCUGCGACCGCAGCUUCCGCUCGGUCGCCGCGCUGCAGCGCCACCUGGAGACGGCGCACCCGGACGUCCCGGAGAUGGAGCUCGAUCAGUACAAGACGUGCCUUGCCGCGUCGCUGCUCGCGCACACCGGGGGCGCCACCGGCACCGGCGACAACAUCAAGCGCGAGAUCGAAGAGGGCGAGAUCGUCGACGCGGCCGACGACGACGCCGCGGUGGCGCACCCUGGCGGCGACGAUGCGGAUGACGUCAGCCGCGAGCGCCAGUUCCUCGACGACUACCUCAACAGCCAGACGAUGGCGGAAGAGAACUACGGCGACCCGAACCGCAAGUACAAGUGCCAUCGCUGCAAGGUCGCCUACACGAAGCAGAGCUACAUGCUCGGACACAACAAGACGCUGCUGCACCGGAAAGGCGACCGCUUCAGCUCGCCGAUGGAGAAGUACAUGGACCCGAAUCGGCCGUACAAGUGCGACGUCUGCAAGGAGUCGUUCACGCAGAAGAGCAUCCUGCUCGUGCACUACAACUCCGUCUCGCACCUGCACAAGCUGAAGAAGACGGCGGCGGAGACGAAAGCCGGCGCGGGCAGCCCCGACGCCGAGCGCAAGCCCUUCCGCUGCAACAUCUGCAAGGUGUCGUACAGCCAGGGUUCGACGCUCGACAUCCACAUCCGCUCCGUGCUGCACCAGACGCGCGCGUCGAAGCUCCAAGAGCUGGCGCUCACGGGCCAGGUCGAUCUCAGCCAGCCGCUCAUCGAGCAGCCGGACUUCCUGAAGCCCGGCAAGGAGCAGGAGCAGCAGCACAAGAAGAUGCUCGAGGAGAUGCUCGCAGCUUCCGGUGCGCAGACGAAGCUCGAGCUGUCGCCGCCGGCAAUCGCCGCCGCCUCGCAGCCGUUGCCCGUGGCGACCGUGUCGGCGGCGACGUCGCCGAUGUCGUCGUUCAUGAGUUCGCUGAUGGGCACGGCGGCCGCCGCCGCCGCCGGUUCGCUCGCCUUCCCGCUACAGGGCGCCACCGUCGGCCAGCAUCCGUUGCUCUUCUCCCCGCAGCCGCUCUUCACCUGCGCCAACUGCAGCUCGGGGUAUGCGCUGACCGAAGCCGAGUCGUCGUCGACGGCAACGGCGGCGGACGAGGAACAGAUGCUGCGGCCGCCGCUGUUCAUGCGCCGAUCGAAGUCCGCGCUUCACAAGCAGCUUCUCGAGGGAUUCGGCUUCGAGGUGGUGAUGCAAUACAACGAGUAUUACCGCCGGCGCAAGCGCCGUCGCCACGACGACGACGACAACGACAACGACGACCGCGACGACAGGAAGGCCGAAAAGCCAGAGGGCGCCACCGUCGCCCCCGCCGACAAGCCGGCCGGCGACGCCGAGAAACCCGAAACGGAAGAGGGCGCCACCGUGGAGCCGAGCGCCGAGGAGAAGCCGGCAGAGGGCGCCACCGCCGCCGCCGCCGACGAGAAAAAGAGCGACGAAAAAGAGCCGGCGGCGGCUGCGGCGGCGACGGAGGCGCGCGCGGCGAACGCGCCGGAGAUAAACAAGUGCACGUGCGCGAAGUGCGGCCGCGCCUUCUCGAGCAUCUGGGUGCUGAAGGCCCACGAGGAGGAGCGGCACCGCGACCUCGUCCCCAUGCAGGCGGUCGAAGACUUCGCCGCGAGCUUCAAGGUCAAGUUCGAGAUGAAGCUCCGGCAGCAGCAGCAGGCGGUUCUCGCCGAGGAGGCGCACGAAGCCGCCAUGACGGCCGUCGCCACGUCGCAGCAGCUGCUGCAGGGGCUGGAGGCGUCCUACUUCACGCCGCAGAUGCUCAACUUCGGCCUCAACUUCGGGUUCCCGAUGAACAUGAACAUGUCGAUGCUCGCCGCGAUGAACCUCCACCCGCCGCUCAUCCCCAUCAUGAUGCCGCCGUACGCCGACCAGAUCCACGCGCCGCCGACGCAGCCGCCCGCCGGCGCCCUCUCGCAAGACAUGCAGGGGGCGCUCGCGCAGCAGGGCGCGCACAAGCGCGGUCGCACGCGCAUCAACGACGAGCAGCUGAAGGUGCUGCGCGCGCACUUCGACAUCAACAAUUCACCGAACGAGGAGCAGAUCGUCGGCAUGAGCGAGAAGACGGCGCUGCCGCCGAAGGUCAUCAAGCACUGGUUCCGCAACACGCUCUUCAAGGAGCGGCAGCGCAACAAGGACUCGCCGUACAACUUCAACAAUCCGCCGUCGACGACGCUCGACGUCGCAGAGUACGAGAAGACCGGCGAGAUGCCGGGACGCGAGGAGCGCUGCGACGCAGACGCCGCCGCGGUCGCCGCGGCAACGUCGCAGGAUGCUGCCGAGCCGCCACAGCCGCCGCAGCCUCCUGCUCCUGCUGCUGCCGCAGAGGAAGCCCCGCAGGAGGAGUACCACCGUCGUCAUGACGACAAGCAGCAGACAGAGAAGGAGGAUAGUCUGCAGAAACAGAUGGAAGAGCUACAUGAACGACAGCACCAGCAGCAGCAUCAACAACAACAGCAACAGCAACAGCAACAGCAACAGCAACAGCAGCAACAACAACAACAACAACAACAGCAGCACGGCGAAUUCGCGCCGUUCCUUCAGGCGGCCGCCGAAAAACGCCACUUCAAGGUCGAGGCGGAGGAGCCGGCCAGCUUUGACAGCACUACCUCAUCCUUCAACACGAUUCCCACGUCGUCGACGCCCCCGGCCGCCGCCGCCGGCGGCGGCAUGCAGUCGUUGCUACCUCUCAAUCACCACUCGCCGCAGCUGCUGCCGCACCACGACGCGCGGCCCGACGCGACGCCACGGCGCGCCAACCGCACGCGCUUCUCCGACUAUCAGGUCAAAAUGCUGCAGGACUACUUCGAAAAGAACGCCUACCCGAAGGACGACGAGCUCGACCACCUCUCCAAGCUGCUGAACCUCAGUCCGCGCGUCAUCGUCGUCUGGUUCCAGAACGCGCGCCAGAAGGCGCGGAAGGUCUACGAGAAUCAGCCGCCGGCGGAUGGAACCGCGGAGGUGCGCUACAACCGCACGCCGGGCCUCAACUACCAGUGCAAGCGCUGCAGCCUCGUCUUCCAGCGCUACUACGAGCUCAUCAAACACCAGAAGACGCUCUGCUACAAGGACGACGUCGGCAGCGGCAGCGGCAGCGGCGCCCCCUGCACGAUAGCGACCCCGCCGCCCCCCGCCGCCGCCGCCGACCCGCCCGCUGCAAAACCGGAGCAUUACCGCUGCGAGCAGUGCUCUCUCACGUUCCUGCAUUUCGAUCUGUGGAAGGAGCACCAGGGGGCGCACGCGCUCGAGCCGACGAUGCUGUUCCAGUUCAACCCGGCGAGCGCGUUCGGACAACUUCAGAUGUUCGACACGCCGCGCGGCGGCUCCCCCGUCAAACGCAAAGCCGACGACGCCGGCGACAACAUCGGAGGCGGAGGCGGCGGGGAUGAGGACGACGGGCACGGGAAGCGGCUUCGUACAACCAUCCUUCCCGAACAACUCGAUUACCUUCACCAGCAGUACCAGCUCGACGCCAACCCGAGUCGCAAGCAACUCGACGAGAUCUCGCAGGAGGUGGGCCUGCGUAAGCGCGUCGUGCAGGUCUGGUUCCAGAACACGCGCGCGCGCGAGCGCAAGGGCCAGUUCCGCUCGCACCUGCAAGCGAUCAACAAGCGCUGCCCGUUCUGCCGCGCGCUCUUCAAGGCCCGCAGCGCGCUCGAGUCGCACCUCGCGACGAAGCACGCCGACCAGGUCUCGCGCAACGACAUCAACAUCGACGCGAUCCCGAACGCCGAGCCCGACGCCGACGCGCCCGCCGCCGGCGCCCUCUACAGCGCGCCGGGGACGCCGACGAGCGAUAUAGUCGCGUCGCCGGUCGGCUCGUUCGGCGACUUCCCGAAUCCGUCGGCGUCGAACCACCUCGAGGUGGCGAUGAAGAGGUUCUACGAGGACUCGCUGAGACGCUACCUCGCGCAGCUCGGCUCGCCGACCCCGCUCGGCGCCGCCGACGACCCCGCGAAACCGGCGGCGGCGCCCCCUGCCGAGAACCACGGCGACGCGGCUUCGGCCGACGACAACCACGUCGACAGCUUCUCGGAGACGCACAGCGUUACCGAUAGCGACUGCUUCAGCUUCGCAGACGAUGUGGUGAACCCGACGUCGCCGAACAGUAGCGUGGGCAGUCAGCGCACGGCCAGCAAACGCUUCCGCACACAGAUGAACAACACGAUGGUGAAGGUAAUGAAGUGUCUCUUCGCCGACUACAAGACGCCGACGAUGGCCGAAUGCGAGCUCAUCGGCAAGGAGAUCGGCCUUCCGAAGCGCGUCGUUCAGGUGUGGUUCCAGAACGCACGCGCCAAGGAGAAGAAGAACAAGCUAGUUCUCGCCGCGCAGCUAGGCGACAAUGGCGACGCAGCGGUGGCGGCGGCGGCGGCGGUGCGACCGCCCGAGGAGUGCCGACUGUGCGCGUUCACCUACACGCACAAGUUCACCAUCCAGGACCACGUCUUCACGAAGCAGCACAUCGACAACGUCAUCAAGGGCGUUCAAGGUCACGACGCGGCGAUCAUGCACCACUACGACGCCGACCGCACGAACGGCACCGCGGCGUCGCACGCGACGGUGGCGCCCCCGCGCUCCAAGCAGCCGACGACGGCGUCGGCGUCCGCGGCGUCGCUGUCACCAGGUGUCAGCACGACGAGUUCCGCAGCGGUGUCAUCGACGACGGCCGACCGACCGACAGAGAGCCUGAAGAAUGGACAGCGGUCAGUUUCCUCGGCGUCUAACUGCAAGGACGAGAAGCUAUCGGUGAAGGACGCUGCCGGCUUCAGCGGUGCGCCGCCGCAUCAGAUGGUCGGUCACCCGUUCAACGACCUCUCCACCUCGCUUGGCUCGUCGCCCUACAACAUGGCGUACUUUCCCUACUUGUUCGGCGGCAUGUCGACGUACGGGAUGCCCUCGCCCUUCCUGCAUCCGGCCAUGAUGUCCG